AUGAAACCAAUCACCCUCGCGCUCUUUGGCGACCAAACAGUCGAGAAACUCUCUUCCAUCCAGACGCUAGUCCGUAAUUCAAAGACUUCGCCUGCAGCACGAAGGUUUCUAAACGAAGCGACAGAUAUCUUGCAACUUAACCUUGCUCGACUGAGCAAGGAAGAUCGCAGAUGGACGCAUGACAUACAUACGCUUCUGGGAUUGGCGGAGGACAACAUCAAUGAGGAAGAUCCUAAUGGGAUUAUUGCCACGGUAUUGAUGUGUAUUGGACGACUUGGGGAAUUUAUCGUAUUUGCAGAGGAAGAUCCGUCAAUACUCGGUUCGGAGACCUCUCCUGUGCAUGUGCUGGCAUAUUGCACUGGUCUUUUACCUGCUGCAGCACUCGUCGUGGCGAAGGAUACAGGUGACUUGUUCGGCCUCGCCAGAGAAAUCAUAUCUAUCACGUUUCGGAUGGCAUACGAGAUAACGCGUCGGAUGAGACUGAUUGAAGAUUCAAAUGGAGACUGGGCGAUGACGCUUGUUGGGGUGACAGUUGAGAAGGCGCAGCCGAUCCUUGAUCAAUUUCAUGAUACACAGAAAAUUCCAUACCCUAAAAGGAUAGCCAUCGGUAUUGUAUCACGAGGAUGGCUGACUUUAGUCGGCGCCCCUUCAUCUUUGAACCGCCUUUUUGAGUGGUCCACGGAGUUGGACCAGGCACCUCGCACAAGAACAGACACAAACGGGCCCAUCCAUACCCCCUACUUGCCUAGCUUCAACAUGGAUGAAGUAUUAGGAGACUCCCCUCUUUUGAAUACGCCCAUCACAUCAAAAGCCCGAAUCAUAUCUCCUGGAUCAUGCAAACCGUACGUACAUACGACUUUAAGAGACCUUCUGGCAGAAAUGCUAGUUGAUAUCGCUCAUAAUGUUCUACAUUUGGCUGGUACAACGGAAGCUUGUAUCGCUGAAUUAGUCGGCAUGGGACCUGUAAAUGUUGUUGUUGCAGGUCCUACGGGGCAUCUUCCCAUACUUCAACGCACCCUGCAAGAAAAGGGUAUUGCUUAUGAUAUUCGAAAACAUCACGAUGCAACACAAAACACGAAACGGAGUCGUGGAGGGUCUGAUCAAGUAGCUAUUGUUGGUAUGGGGGGUCGGUUUCCUGGAAGUGAUACAAUUGACGGCUUCUGGGAGGAUCUGGUUGCUGGAAAGAUCCAGAUCCAAAAGAUCCCGAAAUCUAGAUUUGAUCUCGACCUACACUACGAUCCGUCAGGUGAAAAGAGAAACUCCACCUCUGCACAACAUGGCGCUUUUCUCAACAACCCCGGCCUUUUCGACCAUCGCCUGUUCAACAUCUCCCCUCGAGAGGCCACCCAAAUGGAUCCACUCCAGCGGCUAUUACUCCAUGUCAGCUACGAAGCCCUCGAAAUGGCAGGAUACUCUACAAAUGGGACCCUUGCAACCAACAGCAACCGAAUCGCUACUUAUUUCGGGCAGGCAUCAGAGGACUGGCGUGAAGUACUCAACAACCAGGGCAUCGAUAUCUAUUACGUGCCUGGUCUAGCAAGACCAUUUGCGCCAAGUAAGUUGAACUAUCAUUAUAAAUGGGGAGGUGGCUCGUAUGCUCUUGAUGCUGCUUGUGCAACGAGUACGACGGCCAUUACAUUGGCUUGUUCUGCACUGUUGGCUCGGGAAUGUGAUACAGCUUUAGCUGGUGGAGGKUCUAUCUUGUUGUCGCCGAAUUCGUUCUCGGGGUUGAGUAGAUCGGGUAUGAUAUCGGAGACUGGUGGAUGUAGGACAUAUCACGAUGAUGCCGAUGGAUACGCUCGUGGCGAGGGKAUUGGUAUCGUUGUGCUCAAGCGAUUAGAGGACGCUCUUGCCGAUAACGACAAUGUUUUGGCGGUUAUAAAGGGGUCGGCAAGGACAUAUACCUCAACAUCGACGUCUAUUACUCAUCCGAGCGCCGAAUCGCAAGUGAGAAUUUAUGAAGAGGUCUUACGACAGACAAGUACUGUGCCCAAUGAGAUCUCCUACGUUGAGAUGCAUGGCACUGGAACGCAGGCGGGAGAUUUUGAGGAGAUGAGUUCCGUUAUCAAAGUCAUGGGCCAGGGGAGAUCAAAAACCAACAUUCUUACGGUCGGUGCUGUCAAGGCAAAUGUUGGACAUGGAGAGGCAGUGGCAGGGGUGACCUCAAUAAUCAAGUCCAUAAUGAUGAUGCGUGAAGCGAGGAUACCAACACAGCCCGGACUUCCCUUCAAGCUCAAUCAAAACUUUCCUAAACUCGACAAGGUUCAUGUUCAGAUUGCUGGUAAUGGACAAAGAGACAUGUCUCUGAGAGCAAGUCCGGCAGCCCAAGAUGGCAAAAUUAAGAUUAUGGUAAAUAGUUUUGACGCUUCGGGAGGAAAUACCUCGGUGCUUCUUGAAGAGCCACCUCAAGUCUCCCAGAAGACUAGAAAUCCGCUUCCACGUCACGUUAUUGCGGUGUCUGGCAGGUCACCUUGGUCUCUGCAGGAGAAUACUCGAAGACUAUUAACGUACUUGAUGAGGAACUCCAAUGUCAAACUUGCCGACGUCGCUUAUACAACGACAGCAAGGCGAAUGCAUGAGAACUUACGGGUUGCAUAUACUGCAACAUCCACGAAGGAAUUGAUUUCUUUCCUCAAGGCAGAUGUAUCCAAGAACGGGACAUCAGAGCGAAAGAGAAAACCGCCUAAACUGGGCAUAGUCUUUGCAUUCACUGGUCAGGGCUCACAAUAUGCUGGAAUGGGUAAAACUCUAUAUCAACACAGUACAGCUUUUAGAGAAAUCCUGUACACAUAUCAACAAUUUGCUUCAAGCUAUGGCCUUCCAGACUUCUCUGGCAUCAUCUCUGGCGACGAUACUGAUAUAUCAACAGCAUCUGUCGUGCGAGUGCAACUUGCGACUGUUGCUCUUGAAAUCGCUACAGCGCAACUACUUAAAGCAUGGGGAGUUGUUCCAGGCUUGGUUCUAGGGCAUAGUCUUGGGGAAUACUCGGCGCUAUGCGUAUCAGGAGUGUUAUCUGUUAGCGACACAUUGUACCUCGUGGGAAAGCGAGCGAUGUUAAUGGAAGAAAUUCUCAAUUCUGGAGAUUAUUCCAUGCUAGCGAUAGGCGAAAGUGUUGAGACGGUAUCUCGACUGUUAAGAUUAGAUUCCGGAUCCAAAUGGUCUCAGACAGACAUUGCCUGUGUUAAUGCCCCCGCUGUGACGGUCGUGAGCGGACCUGCCAGUGAGAUUUCAACUCUAAAACAUCAAAUUGAGGGAGACAAUAGGCGAGCAACUGUGCUUCAAGUUCCAUAUGGCUUCCACUCAAAGCAUGUGGAUCCCAUACUUCAAGAUUUUGAAGUACUUGCAAAGGGUGUCACCUUUUCCGCCCCCAAGAUCCCAGUUGCCUCAACACUGACGGGAGAAGUUGUACCGAUCAACAAAUCAGAUGUCUUCUCUCCCUCAUACCUAGUACGUCAAGCACGAGAAUCCGUCAAAUUUGUUCCUGCACUGGAAACAUGCAAAGCAGCCGGCUUUGUUGUUGACGGAACGCAUUGGAUUGAAAUUGGACCGGAAGCUGUGUGCCUCGGUCUGAUUCGCAGAACAUUGGAGGUAUCUCCUACUUCACUGCUACCAAUUUUCAAGUCUACGGAGGACAAUUGGGCCACCAUUUCUUGGGCUUUGGCAUCUUUAUACCGCGCUGGUGCAGCCAUCGACUGGAAUGAGUACCACAAGGGAUUCAAAGACUCUCUUAGUCUCCUUGAUCUUCCGACUUACGCCUUCGACGCUAAAGAUUUCUGGAUACCAUAUGUGGAGCCUAUUCUCCAGACAUCGGCUAUAAAUGAUGCUAAAGUGUCGGAAAAUGAUACCUUAUCGCGUCCUGUCCCCGAAUUUUCAACCACAGAUCUGCAGUGGGUUGAAGAUGUAGAGAAUGACGGAAAGACGGUCGUUGCCACCUUUGGUUCUCAUACUUCAAAUCCACUACUAUACCAGGCAAUACAAGGUCACAAGGUACAACGUUUAGCUGUUUGUUCACUAAGCAUAUUCUGUUCCAUGGCGAAGUCCGCAACACAGUAUGCUUAUUCCAAAGUUAACCAGAAGCAGCGUUUACCAAAAAUGACUAUUUUAAACAUGGAAAUGAAACAAGCCUUGGUGGUCAACGAACUGAACCGUGAACAGAUAGUGAAAACAACUGUGUCUUAUUCUGCUUCUGGACAAAAAGCCGACAUAUCUUUUCACUCAAUUACUUCUGGUGUUCCUGCCGAACAUGGCAGUUGCCAGGUUAUUCUGGAAUCCGAUACCAGUACGUGGUUGGAAGGACGCUCUGACACGUUGUUUCUAAUCAACGCAAGGAUCGAAUCAUUGAAAAGUCUGGGUCAAUCCGGAAAGGCACAUCGACUUCUGAAGCCGGUCAUAUACAAACUGUUUGACAAUGUUGUACAGUAUGGCAGAGAAUAUCAAGGUCUAGAAGAGGUAUGGCUAGACUCUGAGUUCCGUGACGCGGUGGGUACAGUAAAGUUGCCCGAUACCGCUGGAAAAGGCAAUUUCCUGUAUGAUCCCUUCUGGAGUGACACAGUUGUUCACCUCGCUGGUUUCAUAUUGAACGGCAACUUGAAGUAUCCAGAGGACAUUGCGUGUCUCUCCACGGGGUUUGAAAGUUGGAGAUCGUUCGAAGAGCUGAAACCCGAUACAACGUACACGACGUACGUCACUAUGCACGAAGCUGGCGAUGGUUUGCUACUUUCUGGUGUUGCAUACGUUUUCUCAGGCUCUGCUCUAGUUAUGGUGACUUCAGGCAUCAAAUUCCAAAAAAUGAGUAAGAUCGCACUUGGUGCAAUUCUGCAGUCCACUAAACCUUCAAAGAAAAAAGGAGUUACUGCGACAAUCAACUCCACGAGAACUCCGAAGCAAUCGGAGAUUAGUCUACUUGAGAAAGCUAUGAUCCCUCUUUUUGAACAUGAUUCUGAUUCUUCAUCUGUGGGCGAUAUGCCUACACCGGAUACAGGAAGCAGUGGAAUACCAACCAGGGCGUCAUCUGUCAAUCAUGACGAUGAUACAAAUAUCAUCGAUACGUUGUUUUCUAUAGUUGCGACUGAGUCUGGUUACAGCAUCGAAGAUGUUGAGCCGUCUACCUCCUUUGCCGAUAUGGGUCUCGACUCAUUGAUGGCUAUAACCAUACUUGCCAAGGUCAAGAGAGACACCGGGGUAGAAUUGCCGACAACAUUUUUCCUCGAUAAUGCAACUGUUGAAGAUGCAAAAGCUGCAUUAGGUUUAGAGUCGGAACCCAAUUCAAGAAAUCCGGAACUAUCUGUCUCAAUAAAAACAGCAAAAGACAUCUCUGCCGCUAUGAUGAAACAUCUUGAAGCAGCCCCGGAAAACGAAACAACACUGCUCCUCCCUGUUGACCCCAUCGCCGAGUCAUCCAACAAGACGAGAGAGGAAAGCUUGGUCAGUAGAGCGGUUCUAUUACAAGGCUCAUUCUCGUCUCCGGGACCAAAUUUGUUCCUAUUUCCCGAUGGCAGUGGAUCUCCAGCAAACUACAUUCAGCUUCCAGCACUUGGCGCCGAUGUGUCCGUCUACGGGAUGGAAUCACCAUUCCUAAAAGAUCCAUCAGAAUUUACAUGCAGUGUAGCCCACCUUGCCGAUAUAUUCCUGACAGCGAUCAAGAAGCAGAAGCCCACAGGUCCGUAUUUGUUGGGAGGCUUUUCCUUUGGAGCCCUUUAUGCCUACGAAGUAGCUCGCAAGCUCUUAGAGAACAAUGACAUGGUUGACGGUCUACUUAUCAUCGACAUGCCUGUACCGAAAGGACUUUCAUCGCCAUUGUCCCCCACAUUCGAGGAGCUCAGUGCCUCUGGUUUUGUUUCACCACGCGGUCGACUCACGGCAGCGCAGAAAAUUCAUCUUAAGAAAACAGUCCAGGCUAUGACUGGUUAUAAUGCUGUAUCCUGCUCAGUACACCAUCAGCCGAAACGGACUAUCUUGAUCUCUUCAAAAUCUGGCUUGGCAACAGCAGGCCUACAAGAGUCAUCGGAUUUGGUGAAAUGGGUACGACAUAAUUCAAGUUCACCGUCACAAGGAUGGCAGAGUCUUGUCGGUGAUGUAGAUGUUUACGAGGUUGAUGCUGAUCACUUUGCACUUUUCAAAUAUCCAACGAUAUUUGAAAAAUCCAAAUUCGCCACAGAAAUUGGUGCAGCUUUAGUGAUUACACCCAACGGGACUAGAGUCUUGUCUCAGCUUGGCUUCUCCUUCUCCAAUGCUCGAGCUGUAAAGAUCGAAUCAUGGAGUACAUUACAUGGGGACACGAUGGAACCUAUUUCACAUGUUGACCUCACCGCUGCCGAGAAAAUAUUCGGGUUUCCUGCAUGGGCCGUUCAUCGCGUCAGUCUUCAUAAAGAACUACUGAGGCUCGCUACAAGCGCGGCUGAAACGGGAACCCCUGUUGAAAUUAAUUUGUCGUCAGAAGUGGUAGAUGCCUCGCCAAAGGAGGGCUCAAUAACGUUGCAAAAUGGGGAGAAGCUUGUAGCCGACCUUGUUGUGGCGGCUGAUGGUGUGCAUUCAGUACUCAAACGCGCCGUACUAGAUGAGGCAGCUCCCGCUCCUUCAUCUACGGGCCUGAGUGCAUUUCGAUUUUUGAUAGAUACUGAUAUUCUGGAGAACGAUGAAAGCCUCUCGUUGACUCUGAAGAAGAAAGGCCCCGGUGCAGCUCUUUUAGCCGACACGAAAGAUUUUAUCAACGAGCGCCAUAUAAUGUGGUAUCCGUGUGAAGAUGGCCGUGUACAAAAUUUUGUUGGUAUUCACCCAAGGUUAAAGGUAGAUGGAGAAGAGGAUAAUCCUGAAUCUAUCAAAGCCUCGAUGUUGGAAGAGUUUAAACAUUUCUCCCCAGAUAUUGUUGAAAUAAUCGCAAGAUCCUUCCAAGUCAAACGCUGGCCAUUAUUUGCUCACGAUCCGCUGCAGUCUUGGACUAGUGGCCGACUGAUUCUCAUUGGCGAUGCAGCUCAUCCUAUGCUUCCCUUUGGCGGUCAGGGCUCGAACCAAGCAAUCGAAGACGGUGGUGCUCUAGGCUUCUUGUUCAACGGAAUUGAGAAUGCAGAUGACAUACCAAAGCGACUUGAAUUAUUUGAGCAAGCAAGAAAGAACCGCACAUCUCGUGUGCAAAUUCUCUCCAAAGUUAGGGCUGGCAAAGAGAAAGAAAUUGCAGAAGAGCUUCGCCGCUAUGCGGACCCCCCCGAUUCAGGUCAGUCUAAGCUAUAG